GGACCAAUCAAGUCUUAAAUUCAAAAUAAUGAAGCAUUUUUCUGUGAAUUUAUUAAUCAGUUUAGCUGUUCUUAUUGACUUAACUAGUGCAUAUGAAGUCGAUUGUAAAUUUAAAGACGACCUGGACAAAGAAAGUGAAGAUGCAUAUUUUCCAGACUCAAUGGCACCGGAAAAUUCCAAACAUUAUCACUGCAAAGUGACUGAAAUUAAUGAUUUGACAUAUGUGUCAUUUAUAUUAAAGAUAUUUGGUCAGCAUUUAAAUGGAUAUGAAAACAAGGAUGUAGAAUCAGUGCAAAUUUCAUCACAGCCACGACAAUUCUUACCAUUGGGAUUCACAAAGUUUUUCCCUAAUUUGGAAGCCUUUCAUAUGGAAAAAUCAGGAUUAAUGUCACUUCAAAAAUGGGAUCUGUAUGAAUUUAAAAAGUUGCAAGUUUUAAUUCUGAAUGACAACAAGUUGGUCGCUUUGGACGUUGGAUUGUUUGAAUUCACACCGAAUCUUAAAUAUGUUAAUUUUGAAAGAAACAAGCUCAUUCAUAUCGAUGCUUUGGUCUUUGAGGAUCUUCCAAAUUUAAGAAAAGUGAAAAUGCUUUCAAAUAUUUGUAUAUAUAGUUCUGCAUCAUUUACAGUUUCAACGCUAGAUAACUUACCAAUAUCUUUGCUGCAAAAGUGUCAGAAUUCAAAUUACAUUCAGUAUUUGGGAGAUAAGAAAGGAUUCCGUAUUAAUUCUGAGUAUGGGGGAUAUGCCAUUAGUAAAAUUAAGGAUUACUUCAAAGACAUUGCAGAUAAACAAAUUGCAGUCACUGAUGAGCCAUAAAAAUAUUUUUUUAAAUGACUAGUUUUGUAUUUUAAAUUGAAAUAUUUUG